AGGAGAUACGACGAUGAGGAAGAUUACCACUCCAUCUACAUCGGGGUGCCGGUGCCUCGGGGCUACCGGAGGAAGCGGCGUCGGCGAAGAUCAACCUCGAGCCGGGACAGGACGAGCGAGAGCGAGCGGCACUACGAGCGCCAGGAUCGCUCCGACACUGACGACGGCGGCCACGGCUGCUACGAGAGCGGCAACGACAACGCCAGCAGGACGGGGCCACCGGCUGCCGAACGCCUCCGCUACAUCCUGGGGGAAGACGAUGAGCCUCCCAACCCCACGCUUUUCACGGAGAUGGACACGCUGCAGCACGACGGCGAGGAGAUGGAGUGGAAAGAGUCGGCCAGGUGGAUAAAGUUUGAAGAAAAGGUGGAGGAAGGCGGGGAGAGGUGGAGCAAGCCCCACGUGUCCACGUUGUCUUUGCACAGCCUGUUUGAGCUACGGACGUGUCUGCAGACGGGAACGGUGCUCCUGGACUUAGAUGGCUACUCUUUGCCCCAAAUCAUAGACGAUGUCGUUGAGAAGCAGAUCGAGGACGGUCUGCUCAAGCCAGAGCUGCGGGAGAAGAUAAGCUACGUGCUCCUCAGGAAGCACCGUCACCAAACCAAGAAGCCAAUCCACCGGUCCUUGGUCGACAUUGGAAAGUCCGUCUCCACCAACACAAGGCACGCGCAGAGUCGGAGCAUGAACGACAUCUCGGACACGCCGAGCACCGACCAGCUGAAGAACAAGUUCAUCAAGAAGAUCCCCAAGGACGCGGAGGCCUCCAACGUGCUGGUGGGAGAAGUGGAGUUCCUGGAGAAGCCCUUCGUGGCUUUUGUGCGGCUCCUUCAGGCGACGAUGCUGGGAGGGGUGACGGAGGUGCCCGUCCCCACCAGGUUCCUCUUUAUUCUCCUUGGUCCCGCGGGAAAAGCCAAAUCCUACAACGAGAUCGGCAGAGCCAUUGCGACUCUCAUGGUGGAUGAUCUCUUUAGCGAUGUUGCCUAUAAAGCCCGGGACAGAGAAGACCUGAUCGCUGGCAUAGAUGAGUUUCUGGAUGAAGUCAUCGUCCUGCCGCCCGGCGAGUGGGACCCCAACAUUAGGAUUGAGCCACCCAAAAAAGUGCCCUCAGCUGAGAAGAGGAAAUCGGUUUUCUCACUGAACGAAGUGGGGCAGAUGAAUGGCACGGCCGAGAAGAGCUCGCGUGGACGGGCAGGUGAGCAGCACCCCAGCACCCAUCAACAUCUCCUGCUGGUUCACCGCAUGGCCUGCUGGGGCAUGGAGGGGUUUUGUGGUGGCCUCUAUCUGGAUAUCAAGAGGAAGCUGCCCUGGUUCCCGAGCGACUUCUAUGAAGGCUUUCAUAUCCAGUCCAUCUCUGCCAUCUUGUUCAUCUACCUGGGCUGCAUCACCAAUGCCAUCACGUUCGGGGGCUUGCUUGGCGACGCUACGGACAACUACCAGGGCGUCAUGGAGAGCUUCCUUGGCACGGCGAUGGCAGGCUCCAUGUUUUGCCUCUUCGCCGGGCAGCCACUCAUCAUCCUCAGCAGCACCGGCCCCAUCCUCAUCUUCGAGAAGCUGCUCUUCGACUUCAGCAAAGGCAACGGCAUCGACUACAUGGAGUUUCGCCUCUGGAUCGGCUUGCACUCUGCCGUACAGUGCCUUAUCCUGGUGGCCACUGACGCCAGCUUCAUUAUAAAAUACAUCACCCGCUUCACGGAGGAAGGCUUCUCCACCCUCAUCAGCUUCAUCUUCAUCUACGAUGCCAUAAAGAAGAUGAUCGGAGCCUUCAAGUACUAUCCCAUCAAUUCGGACUUCAAGCCGGACUACGUGACCAUGUACAAGUGCGAGUGCGUUGCUCCCGACCCAGCCAACGCGACCUUGUUCGAUGCUUCAGCUCCAGUGGCACCGAACACCACUAACGUUUCUCUGUACAAUGCUAUUAACCUGACAGCUCUGGACUGGACUCAGCUGAGUAAGAAGGAGUGUCUCAAAUACGGCGGCAGCUUGGUGGGGAAAUCCUGUAAAUUCGUGCCCGACCUGGCCCUGAUGUCCUUCAUCCUCUUCUUCGGGACCUACUCCAUGACCUUGACCCUGAAAAAAUUCAAAUUCAGCCGCUAUUUCCCCACCAAGCUGCGUAAACUUAUUAGCGAUUUCUCUAUCUUUAUGUCCAUACUAAUGUUUGUGGGGCUGGAUGUGCUUUUCGGACUCAACACCCCAAAGCUCCAAGUGCCUACUGAUUUUAAGCCCACCCGCGUGGACCGAGGGUGGUUCGUGUUUCCCUUCGGGAAGAACCCGUGGUGGGUUUACCUGGCGAGCGCCCUGCCCGCCCUCCUCGUCACCAUCCUCAUCUUCAUGGACCAGCAGAUCACGGCCGUCAUCGUCAACAGGAAGGAGCACAAGCUGCGGAAAGCAGCGGGCUACCACCUGGACCUGUUCUGGGUGGGCAUCCUGAUGGCCGUCUGCUCCUUCAUGGGGCUGCCCUGGUACGUGGCGGCCACCGUCAUCUCCAUCGCCCACAUCGACAGCUUGAAGAUGGAGACGGAGACCAGCGCCCCGGGGGAGCAGCCCCAGUUCCUGGGCGUCAGGGAGCAGAGAGUGACGGGCAUCAUCGUCUUUGUGCUGACGGGAAUUUCCGUCUUCCUGGCCCCCAUCUUGAAGUACAUCCCCAUGCCGGUGCUCUACGGCGUCUUUCUGUACAUGGGCGUCGCUUCGCUGAACGGCAUCCAGUUUUGGGACCGCUGCAAGCUCUUCCUCAUGCCGGCCAAGCACCAACCCGACUACGUCUUCCUCCGGCACGUGCCGUUGCGUCGCAUCCACCUCUUCACGCUGGUGCAGAUCGUCUGCCUGGCCGUCCUCUGGAUCCUCAAAUCCACCGUGGCCGCCAUCAUCUUCCCCGUCAUGAUUUUAGCCCUGAUCCUGGUGAGGCGGCUGCUGGAUUUUGUCUUCUCCCAACACGACCUGGCCUGGAUUGACAACAUCAUCCCCGAGAAGGAGAAGAAGAAGGAGGAUGACAAGAAGAAGAAGAAAAAAGGCAACAAAGGAGAUAGCAGCAGCGACGAGGAGGUGGGUCCUCCACCUGGAGCUUUGCGUUCUGAUUCCUCCCCGAACGGUUCAGACCUGGAUCGCAGUAUUACGCUUCACCUGAAGAUUUCGUGCCCGUCGUCUCCCGCAUUUAACUACUCCCGAAACCCCAUCUGCGCCGUGCCCCAGGUGAAGAUAGAGAUGGAGUCGGACUACGAGGACACCGACACCGAAAAGCCACCUCGGGACAUGGGCAGUGAGACCACGCUAUAG